CCACCCAAUUCUUUCCAAAACCCCCAAAUCUGCUCUUUUCUUCUCCUUGCCUGUCUCUUAUAUUACCCAAAAUUUCCCCCCCUCCUGUGUCCUCUUCACCCCCUUCCUUUGGGGGUCCCGUGACCCUAAAUGUGGGGGGAACACUAUAUUCCACUACACUGGAGACCCUGACCCGCUUCCCAGACUCCAUGCUGGGGGCCAUGUUUAGGGCUGACACCCUAAUGCCAGCCAAUGUCAACCCACAAGGAGAUGGCCAUUACUUCAUCGACAGGGACGGCAAGGCUUUCCGCCACAUCCUCAAUUUCUUGCGCCUAGGCCGUCUGGACCUGCCCCGUGGGUAUGGAGAAACUGCCCUUCUUAAGGCAGAGGCUGACUUCUACCAGAUCCGGCCCCUCCUGGAUGCCCUGCGGGAAUUGGAAGCCUCUCGGGGUACACCUGCAUCCACAGCUGCCCUGCUCCACGCAGAUGUAGAUGUUAGCCCCCGCCUGGUGCACUUCUCUGCUCGAAGGGGCCCUCAUCACUAUGAGCUGAGCUCUGUCCAGGUGGACACCUUCCGAGCCAACCUCUUCUGCACCGACCCUGAGUGUCUGGCUGCCAUGCGCAACAGAUUCGGUGUGGCCAGUGGGGACAGGGCAGAAGGAGGUCCACAUUUUCGGCUAGAGUGGGCCUCCCGCCCCCAGGAACUCCCUGAAGUAGAGUAUCAAAGACUAGGGCUGCAGCCACUGUGGACUGGGGGGCCGGAAGAUGGGCGGGAGGUCGUGAACACGCCUGCGUUCCUGGAGGAGGUGCUACGGGUGGCUCUGGAACAUGGCUUCCGUCUGGACUCUGUCUUCCCAGACCCUGAAGACCUUCUGAACUCUAGAUCCUUGCGCUUUGUACGCCACUGAGGACGCUGCCCUUCCCUCAACUGUGCAGAGGAGGGGAAUGCAUGAGCCAAGGGGCUGAUGGCUCUUCUCAAACCUCUUUCUAGUUCUGGUGUGGGAGCUAUGAGAGUGAGGGAUCCUACCACACGUGGCCGGAGCCUAGGGCUGGGAUCCCCAAAUUGAGCUGCCUCCACCCCUAAGACUUGUGGAUGGUCCAGAAGAUCCCAGGGGCUUAUCCUGGGAAAGCAUCGUGGAUUCUCUAGCCUGUUCCUGCUUGAGGAUGGGUCCUCUGUAUUCAGAGCUGUGGAAAAGGAAGAAAGCACCUUUGCCCAGGCUAGACCUAGUGGAGCUCUGGAGGGUUGAGCACUAGGUGGGAGGACUUUGAAUUAUCAAAUGUAAUCUGUUCCCUGGACUAUGGUUUCUUCUCCUGGAGCUGACACAUUAUCCUACAGUAACCAUUAAGAGGCCAGGACGCUCUGGAAGGUUUCUUUAUUAUGUCCAAGCCACCUACUGUGGGACACCCCAUCCCAGGAUGACAUAAGGGAGCUAGGAGAACCUCCACCAGCAUGGGGGCUAGAGCUCCCUUCGGGAAUUUCAAGUGUUUUAGAGGAUUCCGUAUGGAAGUGGGGCUGGCCCGUGGUGUCCAGAGGCCUCUUUCAUGUGUGUGAUGCCAGCCAAUAGAUCUGAUGAUGCUUGGCUCCCUGGUGUCUCGGUUCCCAUCGGUGUUGCUGACUCCUUUGUGUGUGUGUGUUGGUCCUUCCGUGAUCUGGCGUGUCCAGGCCUGUUUGGGGUUGCUUAGCAACACUCCAGGCUCAGGUAUAUCUGUGGUAUGUGUAAGAGCAGAUUCAGAUUUAGUUUAAUCAUAGGGUGUGUGUGUUUGUUUGCAUGUGUGUGUAUGCCCACACCACCACGUAGGCAGGAGGGCCUUGUUUGAAUUUGAGUCACUAGGCCCUUCCUAUGAGAGGCAAAAGCCACGGGGCUUAGCUGGGCCUCUGAGACCUCUGCGAGCUCUUGGUUGCUGAGACAACCAUGAGCCUGUUGCUAGGAAAUAGCUGGGUAAGGCUUGAGGCUGUCCUGGGCAGAGAGGAGAUAGAGUUGGGAGAGUCGGGGAGGGUGUGGGAAGGGCAGCAGUUC